AUGAAAAGAGAAAGAAACAUGAAGAAUGCACCUAUCGUUGUUACGACUUAUGAUGCUUCUCAAAGCUUCUCAAAGCUUUUGAUAAGAACACUAGCUCAGUUGCUUCUCAAAGCUUUUUAUAAGCACCCCGUCGAGUUUGCAUACCGGAAAUCGACCCACAUCCUCAAAUUAGUGUUUUUUUCAUCCUUCAAAUUACGUCCCACAUCCUCCAUAGAUCGAUCCUUAUUGCUUCAUUUCUCACAACAAAUUGAAUACUUUACAUUCACAGGGCAACAAAAUCAACUAUUUCUGGAACUUGGGUUUCAGUUCCAAUUGAAAUUGAAGGGUUUCUGGUCACCAUGA